AUGGAGAGGACGAGACGAGCUCUUCUGACAGGACUGGUCCUGGUCCAGGUCGCUCAGGUGUUGGCGGACGUUUGCUCCGAGGAGGCGACUCGACUCAGGGACAAAGAGAGAGACCUGAGAGUCCAACUGCAGCGACAAGAGCUGAUCAUCCACAGAAUGAAACAGAGAAGAGCCCAAGACUACGACGACAGAGGGAGGAGAGCGGAACAGCCACAGGAUAAACAGUACAGAGACUGCUCCCAGGUUUUCAGCGCCGGUUUGAGGUCCAGCGGCUGGUACCGGAUCAGACCCGAGCAGAGUCCGGCUCCGGUCCUGGUUUACUGCGACGUGAGCGGAGGAGGAGGCUGGACCGUGAUCCAGAGACGCACCGACGGCACGCAGAGCUUCAACAGGUCCUGGGAAGAAUACAAAAACGGUUUUGGAGACUUUGAGUCAGAUUCGGGAGAGUUUUGGCUCGGGAAUGAAAACCUGCAUCACCUCACAGCUCAAGGGAACUUUUCUCUGAGGAUAAACCUGGAGGACUUUGAGGGAAACCAGCGCUACGCCGAAUACAGAGACUUCAGAGUGGGAGAGGAGCAGGAGCAGUACCGGCUCUCCUUCGGCGGGUACGUGGGCACGGCCGGAGACGCGCUCUCGGGGAAACUGGAAGUGGGCGCCGCGUCCUGGUCCAGCCACCAGGGGGCCAACUUCAGCACCUUCGACCGCGACAACGACAACUACGACGGGAACUGUGCGGCGGAAGAUCAGGGCGGCUGGUGGUUCAACAAGUGUCACUGCGCUCACCUGAACGGACGCUACUACCCGGGGGGACACUACAGCGCCCGGUCCGACGACGGCGUGGUGUGGUUUCCGUGGCGAGGCUGGUGGUACUCGCUCAAGACCGUCGUCAUGGAGAUCCGGCCCGAGGGAUUCACCACGACCGACGCCGACGACCCCGACGGCGUCCAGCAGCAGCAGCAGCAGCAGCGGCGAGCCCCAGCCCCCCUCUCCUAAAGGGGGACAGGGAGGGAGCGGGAGAGGGUUUAGUCCCUGGUUUAGUCCCGGUUUAGUCCCGGCUUGGACCUCAGACCGGACUUACAGAGGUCUGGCAGCAAAAAAAGAAAGAGAAAAAAGAAAGAGAAAUGCUUUUAAUUAUGCAAACAUGUUGAAAUCUGUAACCACAAUGUUAU